AUGAAUUCAAACGGCGAUCCAACUUCCAUGCUGCUAGUCCUCUUGAACGAAAUCCUAUCAGAAAUCCUAUCACGCCUUCCUUUCAAAACUCUGAUGCAAAUGAAAUGUGUCUGCAAAUCAUUGAAAACCCUAAUCUCUGAUCCCGCCUUCGCCAAAGUGCGUCUUCAGAAAUCAUUAUGUGACGCCAGCCUCACACUUAUCCCUAACUGGUCCACCAUGCCUGACCAGGACUUGAAUUUGAAUUGCAGUAUCGUACCAUUUCCCGUUACCGGUUUAGUAGAAGACGAGGAAAUCACCAUUGACGACGAUCCUUACUAUCUAAUCAGUGAUAAGGAUUGUUGUCAGAUGGUUGGUUCAUGUAAUGGCUUGAUAUGUUAUUCUUCUGUUGCCAAAAAUAGAAACUGGCUCCGUUUUUGGAAUCCGGCCACUCAUUCGUUAUCUGAAAAACUAUUCUUGUUGAGCCAUGGUCGACACACCAAAUUCACAUUUGGUUAUGAUAUUUCAACUAAAACUUAUAAGGUGGUGGCCUACUCUGAAUACAAUGUGAAAAUUCUCACCUUGGGUGAUAAUGUAUGGAGGAAUAUACGAAGUUUUCCUGUUGUUCCUUUUCAUGUUGUGCCUCCUAAUGGCAAUUGUCAUCCAUUUGUGAAUAAUGGUGUUUAUGUGAGCGGCACUAUUAACUGGUUGGCUAUUCGAAACACGACUGAGUAUCAAUGGACUGAUAUUUUAGUCGAGCAAUUUGUAAUUGUCUCGCUUGAUCUGGCUACGGAGACAUAUCAACAGCUGUUGCCACCUGAGGGGUUUGUUGAAGUACCAACUGUUGAGCCGUCUGUUACUGUAUUGAUGGACUGUCUAUGUUUUUCUCACAGUUUUCAGGGUUAUUUUGUUUUAUGGAAGAUGAUGGAAUUUGGAGUUCAAGAUUCUUGGACUCAAUUCCUCAAAAUCAGUUUUUAGAAUCAUGAAAUUGAUGAUUAUUAUCGCAUUAGUGAUCUUCUACCAUAUGAUUCUCAAUUGUUCCUGUUCCCAUUGUGCGUUUCCGAGAGUAGGAAUACACUAAUAAUGGCAAGCAAUCAAGAAAGCGAUGAUGGCCAUAAUCAGCAUGCAAUUCUCUACGAUUGGGUAGAUAAUAAAGUGGGGAAAGUUAGGUCUAAGAAUGAAGUGCUGUGGUUUUUUGCCAAGAAUAUGUUGAAAGCUUGGCUUCAACAACGUUUUGAAAGACCAGAACCUCAACUUCAAGAACAUCUGGCGUUAUUGAUGGUCAAUAAAGGAGGAUGGUAGGAAGAAAGGGACAAAGAGACUUUUUGGAGCUGCAUUUUCUUCAGUUUUAGGACUCAUUUUGUAUAAGAUAUUUAUGGCCCUCUUGAUGCCUCUUUUAGAUUUCUUUCAAAGUUUUUGUGGAAAUUUACCACAAAAUGUUGUGUUUUUUUGCGACUAUACUCUUAUUUGUGUAAGCCUGUAAGGGCUAGUAGAAGUCUCUAACUUGUUAAA